AUGGCCCCCGAUAAAGGGAACAAUCUGGCCGAUUUUGAUGAGGAGCCCAUCUACGAGCCGAGCACCUUCGAGAAGGCCGUCAGCAUCUUGUUGUGCCGCGGCGAUCUCGCCAAACAGCGUCUCGACGUCCGGCCAGUACCAGUGCUUGAAUUGUACCGCUACGCAACCGGCUGGGAUCGUUUCCUGCUGGUUUUCGGGGUUUUGUGCGCCGUUAUAAAUGGCGUCUCCCAGCCGAUCUUGGCGCUAUUUGCGGGCCGGGUGACGAACGUGCUCCUCAGCUACGAGGGGAAUUCGACCGAAUUUCGGGAUCGCGGCUACGAGAAUGUGUAUGUGAUGCUGGGGCUUGGCGGGCUUACGACGCUCGCCAAUUUGGGACAGUGCCUUGGACUGUCGAUUGUUUGUACGCGCGUGGUGGCCCGCUUCCGGACGCAGUACAUCGGGGCGAUCGUGGGGCAAAACGCCGCCUGGCUGGAUGCCAACCAUUCUGGGGUGCUGACGACGAGGCUUUCCGAUGAUCUCGAGCGCGUUCGUGAGGGUAUCGGCGACAAGCUGGGGCUACUCGUCCGCGGCGGGGCCAUGUUCAUCACCGGGCUGACCAUCUCGUUCGCCUAUGAGUGGCGGCUAGCCCUCGUCAUCACCGGCGUCUGUCCAGCCAUGUGUUUUUGCACUGCUCUAAUGGCGAGGAAGAUGAACGCGGGGACGAGGCGUGAACUCGUUGGUGUCGGGCAGGCCGGUGCCACGGCGGAGGAGGCGAUUAUUGGCGUGCGAACUGUGCAGGCGUGCAAUGGGCAAGAGGAUAUGGUCAAAAAAUAUGAAAAUGCCUUAAUUCGAGGCGAAACUCACGCAAUUCGGAAGGGCAUCUGGGCGGGCUUCUUCUCGGGGCUGUUCUUUUUGGUGUUGUUCUGCUUCUUGGCCAUUGGAUAUUUGUACGGCGGCUACCUAUUGACGGUUGGGAUCAUCCCGGACCCGGGCGUUGUUUUUAUUGUUGUCGGCUCGAUGCUAAUGGGUGCCUAUUUCCUUGGGAUGAUCUCCCCUCAUCUGAUGGUGCUCCUGAAUGCCCGCGUCGCGGCGGCAAAGCUGUACGGCGUCAUCGACAGGGUUCCACCAAUCGAUUGUUCUGCUGAAGAUGGCCGAAAAUUAGAGAACAUUCGAGGGCGGGUGGUCUUUGAAAAUGUGAAAUUCAGAUACCCAAAUCGCCCAAAAGAACUGGCGCUCGAUGGGCUAUCAUUAACGGUAGAACCCGGUGAAACAGUGGCACUUGUUGGGCAUAGCGGAAGCGGAAAGUCAACAACUGUUUCCCUGAUUCCGCGACUGUACGACGUGGAAGAGGGCGAGAUUUUGGUGGACGACUGUCCGAUUCGGGAUUUGAAUAUUCGGCAUUUACGGCAGAUUGUCGGGAUUGUGCAACAGGAACCAUUACUCUUCAACGCCACCGUAGCAGAAAACCUAAAAGUUGGAGCUCCGGAGUUGAGCGAAGAGGAGAUGAUCAGCUGUUGCAAACAAGCCAAUGCGCAUGAUUUUAUUAUGAAGUUACCUCAGGGCUACGAUACGCUACUCGGGCACGGCGGCAUUCAGUUGUCUGGCGGACAAAAGCAGCGUGUCGCCAUCGCAAGAACGCUGGCAAAAAAGCCGAAGAUUUUAAUACUUGAUGAAGCUACCUCAGCUCUUGAUACUAGGAGUGAGAGGAUAGUCCAGAGCGCGCUAGCGGAUUCUAGCGGGCGUUCUACCUUGAUAAUUGCGCAUAGAUUAUCAACGGUAAAAAUGGCUGAUAGGAUUAUUGUGAUGGAUGCGGGACGGGCGGUUGAACAGGGAACGCACGAAAGCCUGAUGAACCUUGGCGGAAAAUACUAUCGCCUUGUCGUGGCUCAAGGCCUUGCCGAUGAAGCUGAACGAGAAGAGGAAGACGUUGACCUCGAUGAGAGGGAUGAGGAUGACUUUGAGUUUAUCGAGGACAAUCGAACCGAGCACGAGCUGCCCUUUUCGGCUAGAUCCGCCAAGCACCGCCUUAUUUCGCAGAUGACCAUCGACAGCGUGGCGUCGGGUCGGGAGGCUUUUCAGAGAGGAUCGAUGGCUACAGAAUCAUUUGGGCUGAGCGCCCGCGAGAGCACGCGUUUCCGGCCGGAUGAAAUUGAGGCUGAACUGCUUGAAGAGCUCGAGAAUUUCCCCGCUUCUCCGUCUGGUCAAUCUGCCGGCCUGGCGGAUAUUUUCUCACGGCUUCGAGGGCUUCGUGGACACAUUUCGCUGGGCCUUCUUUUUGCCCUGAUCCGAGGUGCCGAACUUCCGGCCAUGACGUUGGCUUACGGAUAUAUAUUCCAGGGCUUCCAAUUCUCUAACUACGAAGAUGGUCGGCUGAUGCAUCGAUUGGCCCUAGGUGUCGUUGUUUUUUCAGCGAUCGGCGUCGGCUGCAUGAUUUUUCAGCUUUUGGCCAGCUUCUUCUUCUCGUCCGUCUCGGAGAGAGCGGCUCGGCAGUUCCGGGUAUCCGCUUUUCAGCAGAUUCUCGACCAGGACGCCGCCUAUUUUGACGAGGCUGCUCAUGCUCCCGGGAAACUUAUCUCACGUCUCGCCGCUGAUGCUCCAAAUAUAAAAGCAGUACUCGACGGUCGUAUGUACCAGGUGGUCGUCGGGGUUUGCGGGCUUUUUGGGUGUAUCGCCGUCGGAUUUGUGUUUUCGUGGGAGGUGGCGACGGUGGGGGCAGCCAUCGUACUCGUCGUCUGGCUGUUCAUGAUCGUGAUGGGGAUUUUGGUGAUGAGGCUCAACAUGAAGCUGGUUAAGGAGGAUGAGGCGGCUAAGCUAGCCAUCGAGAUCGUGGAGAGCGUCAAGACCAUCCAACUCCUCAACGGCGAGCGCGUUUUCGAGGAGAAAUUUGGGCAAGCUGUUGCUGCUCAACAGCGCCGGGAAUUCGGGAGAUGCUGUCUAGAAGCCGUUAGCUUUGCCGUGUCGCAGAGCAGCAGCUACUUUCUCACGGCUGCCGUAUUUGCUGUCGGGAUUCGGGUCAUCUACACCGGGCGUCGAGGGCCAUCCUCAGUUUUUAAUGCCAUCACGGCGAUGACUUCCGGGAUUCUCGGCGCCAUCAACUCUUACCCGUACUUUCCGGAAUUUAUCAAAGCACAAACUGCCGCAAAAAUGCUGUUCUCAAUUAUCGAUCGAGAGCCGACAAAUUUAAGCAUUGAAGCUAGCGAUGAGAAAAUGAAGCCACUCGAUGGUUCCUUGCUUUUUGAAGAUGUCUACUUCCGGUAUCCUCAUAGAUCACGGCAUAAUGUUCUCAAUGGGCUACAGUUCGCUGUGAGACCAGGCCAAACAGUGGCUCUUGUCGGCCCUUCGGGAUGCGGAAAAUCGACUUGUCUUCAUUUGCUUGAGAGAUUUUACGAGCCGCUGGCUGGAAAAGUGCGUCUGGACGGCCAAGACAUUCGUCAACUCCCACUCCGCCAUCUUCGCCGUCAAAUUGGACAUGUAGGGCAGGAGCCGGUGCUGUUCAGUGGCACGAUCCGGGACAAUAUUUGUCUCGGUUUGGACGAUGUCCCGCUUUCUGAUGUGCUUUUUGCGCUCGAGCAGGCAAAUGCAAAGAGUUUUGUGUCGAACUUUCCAAUGGGAGUUGAUACGCAGGUCGGCGAAAAGGGUUCCCAGCUUUCCGGAGGCCAAAAGCAACGCGUGGCCAUCGCCCGGGCCCUGAUUCGACGUCCUAAAAUCUUGCUCCUGGAUGAAGCGACGUCGGCGUUGGAUUCAGAAUCCGAAAAGGCAGUGCAAGAAGCGCUAGAAACGGCGCGCCGCGGUCGCACCUGCGUUACGAUAGCCCAUCGACUAUCCACGAUUCAGCACGCGGAUACGAUCUGCUAUGUGGCUGGGGGAAGGAUCCUCGAAACGGGUUCUCACCAAGAAUUGAUCGCUCGCCGCGGGCAUUACUAUCGGCUCGUCAAGGAGCAGAUGAUCACCUCG